AUGGAGCAAACGGGAGUGUACCCGGUAAAAGUGUUCAUUUAUGACGUGACCAAAGGAAUGGCUCGGCAGCUGAGUCCUGUCAUGAUCGGGAAACAAAUUGAUGGUGUAUGGCACACUGCCAUUGUGGUUCAUGGGAAGGAGUUCUUCUUUGGAGGAGACGGAAUAAAUCACUGUCCUCCUGGUAAUACUAUUUUAGGACCACCAGAUUCAACCGUGGACCUGGGAUCCACUGAAGUGCCGGAGGAAGUCUUUAUGGAGUACUUAAGUUCUCUGGGAGAAUCCACUUUUAGCGGCGACAAAUACCACUUAUUGGACCACAACUGCAACACAUUCAGCAAUGAAGUGGCGCAGUUUCUGACCGGACAGAAAAUCCCGUCUUAUGUAACGGACCUUCCAUCUGAAGUCAUGUCCACUUCGCAUCCAUCCGAAUCGAUCCUAAUCUCAGCACCGGAGGUCAACAACGUCAACUUUUUUUUGAACACUUGA